UGAUGAUGGCCGGAGUUGAACUGCAGACUCCGCCCACACACUCAGGGCCGUGUACCUUCAUGUUCCAGCUUCUCCAGUCCCUGUCCUCUUCUGGCUCAUUCACUCUUUAAUGUGGCCAUAAAGGUUUAAAUAAUGGCUGACAGUGGAGAAGGCGACGAUGAAUUCCAGUUUCUACGGACGGGAGAUGAGGUGGUUUUGCAGAGUACCUUCACCUCCCAGGAGGAACAUGUGAAGCUAUGUCUUGCUGCUGAAGGAUUUGGCAGCAGACUUUGCCGGCUUGAGCCCACCUCUAACUGUAAGAAUGUUCCACCAGACUUGUCUGUGUGUGGCUUUGUCCUGGCCCAGUGUCUUUCUGUGCGAGCCCUGCAGGAGAUGUUAGCCCACAGUGAAAACCUGGCUGCAGAGGUGGGAGCUGGAGGUAGCCAUCGCACCCUUCUAUAUGGGCAGGCGGUAUUGUUUCUACACUCAUACAGUGGCAUGUACCUCAGCUGCUUGUCUUCCUCUCAGUCUUCAACUGACAAGCUGGCUUUUGAUGUUGGCCUGCAAGAGGACAAAGCAGGGGAGGCGUGUUGGUGGACUGUCCACCCAGCAUCCAGACAGAGGUCAGAGGGUGAGAAGGUGCGUGUAGGUGAUGACCUCAUACUUGUGAAUGUGUCUUCAGAGAGAUACUUGCACCUUUCCUUCGGCACUGCAUCUGACAACAAAAGCUUGAGUGACAGUCUGAUUGUUAAUGCAGCCUUCCAGCAGACCCUCUGGAGUGUUGCUCCCAUCUGCUCUGGACGCGCCGUUGCUCAAGGAUACCUGAAGGGGGGUGAAACACUUUGGCUACUCCACAGCCAUAGUGACGCAUGUCUGACUGUUCCCUCUACAGAGCAUGGAGAGGAGCUUCAAAGGAUAAUGCAUUAUGAGCUUGGAUCAAUCUCCGGUCAUGCCCGGUCUCUCUGGAGGCUGGAGAUUCUGCGAGUUGUUUGGAGUGGUAGGCAUACAUGCUGGGGCCAGCCAUUUAGACUGUGCCACGUUACUACUGGAAGAUACCUGGGUCUCACAGAGGAGAAAGGUCUGCAGCUGGUUGAUCGGGACAAAGCUGACAUCAAUACAACCUCCUUCUGCUUUCGAUCAUCAAAGGAGAAGCUUGACACCAACACAAAGACUGAUGUUGAUGGGAUGGGAAUCCCAGAGAUCAAAUAUGGAGAUUCCAUUUGUUUUCUUCAACAUGUAGCCUCUGGGCUCUGGCUAACAUACCAAGCUGCUGAUGCCAAGUCCCAUAUGGGUGGAGCUCAGCGAAAGGCAAUUUUGCACAGUGAAGGGCAUAUGGACGACGGGCUGACACUGUGUCGUUCUCAGAGGGAAGAAUCUCAUACUGCCAGACUAAUACGGAGUGCUGUUCUCCUCUUCACUCGUUUUGUACGGAAACUUGAUGGUUUUAACCAAGAGGUAAAUAUCCCCUCUGUCAGCCUGCCAGUGGAGACAGUGACACGCAGUCUGCAGGAUCUGAUCAUCUAUUUCCAGCCUCCACUGGAGGGGCUAGGCCAUGAAGCUAAACAGAACAGCAUGGUGGCGCUAAAGAAUCGACAGAACAUGUUUCAAAAAGAGGGUGUGAUAGAUUUGGUCUUAUAUUGUAUUGACCGUCUACACCAGUAUAGUAGUGCUUCUCAUUUUGCUGAGGCUGUUCAGAGUGACACAGGAGAGGAGUGGGAGACCAUUGUCAACCAUUUCUAUGAGCUGUUGGCUGCUCUGCUCCGGGGAAACUGUGCAAAUUGUGCUAAUUUCUCGGGUUCGCUGGACUGGCUGAUUAGCAGGCUAGAACGGCAGGAGGCCUCUUCUGGAGUCCUGGAAGUUCUUCACUGCGUCCUUGUGGAAAGCCCUGAAGCUCUCAAUGCCAUCAAGGAACAACACAUUCAGUCUGUCAUCUCAUUUCUGGACAAGCUUGGAUGCAACCACAGGGUGCUGGAGGUGCUUUGUUCUCUGUGUGUGUGCCAUGGUGUGGCGGUGCGGUCCAAUCAGAACCUCAUCUGUGACAGUCUGCUGCCAGACAGAGAUUUGCUACUCCAAACACGUCUCGUUAAUCAGGUCACCAGCAUGAGGCCAAACAUCUUCCUAGCUAUGGGAGAAGAUUCAUCCCAGUAUCGCAGGUGGUACUACGAGCUGGUUGUGGAUCACGUCAAACCCUUUCUCACAUCUGAGCCCACACACCUGCGUGUCGGCUGGGCUUGCAUGAAAGGCUACCAGCCCAGGCCGACAGGCGGCGAGGGCUGGGGGGGGAAUGGAGUGGGAGAUGACCUCUGCUCGUAUGGCUUUGAUGGACUUCACCUCUGGUCAGGCUGCGUGAGCCGGAAAGUCAGCUCCCCGUUCCCUCACCUACUAAAAGAUGAUGAUGUCGUUAGCUGCUGCCUUGACCUCAGCAUUCCCUGCAUCUCAUUCCGAGUCAAUGGUCUACCUGUGCAGGGCAUGUUUGAGAACUUCAAUGCUAAUGGACUUCUUUAUCCUGUGGUCAGCUUCUCUGCUGGAGUCAAAGUUCGUUUUCUGUUUGGGGGAAGGCAUGGAGAGUUUCGCUUCCUGCCACCUCCAGGUUAUGCUUCCUGCUCUGAAGCUCUUCUCCCAAAAGUCAGACUGAAGGUACAGCUGUGUCAGGAAUACAUUUUGGAUCAUGGUGAAGGGAAACAAGAGCUUAUUGGCCCCUUAGUGCCUGUCACUCCAGUUACCUUCACUCCGACAACAAUAGAUAUCAGCAAGGUGGUAUUGCCUCCACAACUUGAGGAUAUUCGAGAAAAAAUGGCUGAGAAUAUCCACGAGCUCUGGGUAAUGGACAAGAUUGAUCUCGGAUGGACACAUGGACCAGUGAGGGAUGAAGGUAAGAGACAUGAUCCUUGUCUGGUGGAGUUCUCCAAGUUGCCAGAGCAUGAGAGAAACCAGAACCUUCAGAUGGCACAGGACACACUCAGGACCCUGCUGGCACUUGGUUUCCACAUCGGAUUGAUGGAUGAUCAUGCUGAGAAACACAUGAAAUACAUGAGACUUCCUGUCAAGUAUGAGCAGAUGACUGGCUACAGGCCUGCUCCAGUAGACCUGAGCCAGGUGUCUCUGAGCUCAGACCACGAGGAAGCAGUUAACUUGCUGGCAGAGAAUGAACACAACGUAUGGGCCAGAGAGCGAAUCAAACAGGGAUGGACUUAUGGAGCGCAACAGGAUAUAAAAGCAAAGCAGAGCCCUUACCUUCUGCCCUACAGCCUUCUUGAUGAAAGAACUCGGAGAGUGGGAAGAGAGAGUGUCAGAGAGGCUGUCUGUACCCUGCUGGCAUACGGCUACAGCCUGGAGCCCCUAAAUCAGGAACACACUACAUUAUCAAAGCCAUGUUUCUUCUCUGCUGAGAAAUGCAGAGUGUUCAGACCAGAUAAAUCAUAUGCUGUGACCCAGGGGAAGUGGUAUUUUGAAUAUGAAAUACUGACAGCAGGGAAUAUGAGAGUGGGCUGGGCCCGACCAGGCUGUACCCCAGAUAAAGAGCUUGGCUCAGAUGACCAAGCAUAUGUUUUUGAUGGAUUUGAGGCUCAGUGGUACCAUCAGGGUGGCGAGCCCCUGGGACGUCCAUGGCUGAGAGGUGAUGUGGUGGGUUGCUUGGUGGACAUGGAUGAAUGCACCAUGAUGGUUACGCUCAAUGGAGAGCUGCUGUUUAAUGACAGAGGAUCGGAGCUGACUGCCAAGGACUUUGAUAUUAGAGAUGGCCUAUUACCUGUGGUUAGUGUUGGGGUGAACCAGGUGGGGAGGCUGAAUCUGGGACGCCAAGUAGGCUCUUUGCAAUACUUUACUGUGUGUGGCCUGCAGGAGGGGUAUAGACCUUUUGCCAUCAACAUGGCCAGAGACCCAGCUCUGUGGAUGAGUUGGAAACAGCCGCAAUUUACCUCCAUACUACCUGAUGAUCACUAUUUACAGGUUACAAGAGUCAGUGGCUCAGCAGAUUCCUUAUCCAGCCUGAGGGUCUCCCAGUGUAUGCAACCGCACCAUGGUGGAGAAAGUGAGAUGGGCUAUUAUCGCCUCAGCAUGUCUGUCAGAUGUGCUGCUGUCCUCAGAAGCCCACCAGGGGGCGUGCUUCCUGUGGCCUCCAGUGCUCUCUCUCCAAGUUCAGAAAGGAAAGAGCAGGAGGAGGUGGACUCUGACUUUGAGGUGCUGAUGAAGUCAGCCCACAGCUAUGCUGGUUCAAGAGAUGAGCUCAACCAUAAAGAUCAUAGUCACGACAAAACAUCAAGACUGAAACAGCGGUUUAUGCUGAAGAAGACCAAACCAGGCUUAGUCAGCAGUAACUCAUCUGCACGGCUCCUCGAAGACGUUGUAGUCGACAAGGAUAACUAUGAUCACCUUAUCCAGAGCUCCAGAUAUUACUACUCAGUGCGGGUUCUUCCAGGCCAGGAGCCAUUCAAUGUGUGGGUAGGCUGGGUGACCUCUGACUUUCAUCAGCAUGACAUGACAUUUAACACUGACAAUGUCCACACUGUGACUGUCACCCUUGGAGAUGACAGUGGCAAAGUCCAGGAAAGCGUAAAGAGGUCUAACUGCUAUAUGGUUUGUGCUGGAGAGGCAACAGGCCUGUCUCAGAGUCGGAGAAGCACAGGAUUGGAAAUUGGCUGUUUGAUUGACACAACCACUGGUCUGCUUACAUUUACCUCCAGUGGAGUGGAGAUGGCCACUUUCUACCAAGUGGAGGCAAGUACAAAGCUCUUUCCUGCUGUUUUUGUCAAACCCACCACCAAAAACAUGUUUCAGUUUGAACUGGGACGCAUCAAGAAUGUGAUGCCACUGUCCUCAGGUUUGCUUCGGAGCCAGUCAAGGAAUGUCACUCCUCAGUGUCCUCCUAGGGUUCAGGUCCAGUGGCUGAGGCCUGCUUCAUGGACUAGAGUACCAGACAGAGCACUGAAAGUGUUGGUUGAUCGACCAGAUGAAUGUCACGGCUGGAGAAUUCAAUGCCGUGAGCCCUUACAAGCCAUGAUCCUUCACAUUCCUGAUGAAAACAGGUGUGUUGACAUUUUGGAACUGUCGGAGCUUGAUGACCUCUUGACCUUUCACAACAAUACCCUCCUGCUCUACUGCUCUUUAUGUGCUCUUGGCAACACCAGAGUUUGCCAUGCCCUCUGCAGUCAUGUGGACCAGUCGCAGAUUCUUUAUGCUAUUCAGGAUCCCUACCUCCCUGGCCUGCUCCGGUCUGCAUUUUAUCAGCUGCUUUUUCAGGUUUUCCUCAGCAGCUACACCACAGCCUGUCUUAUGAUGAACCAUGAAUACAUAGUUCCUAUGACUGACCAAACCAGAGAAAUCACCCUUUAUCCCAGUCCUAUUAAUGGUGGGGAUAGACAACCUCCAGAGGGAAUACCAAGUGCUAGCUGUAGCACAUCCCUUAAACCUCAGAUGCAUUUUUCAACUCCUUACUUUAUCAGAAGCGAUUGCAUAGAAGGAGCUAGUGCACUGGAAAUAGCCUGCAAAGACAGCCCAGAAAUCCCUCUGGACGUUUUAAAGAAUCUUACCGUGGAGAUGCUGACUGCUGCAGUUUGGGCUGUGGGUCAGGAUGUAAGGGAUCCUGCAGGAGGCAAUUUCGAACUUUUGCUUGUUCCUUUAUUAAGACUUUUCUACAGCCUCUUGGUUAUGGGGGUGUGUAGGGAUGAAGACUUAGGGAAGAUUCUUAAACUCAUGGAGCAAGGUGCAUUUGCAAGGCCUGGAACACCCAUAGGGAAGUUGGAAGAAGAAACUAGUGAUGAUGAAGAAGAGCAGAAAGGAGUGAUCACUGAAGAAAGUUACACUGUUAAACAAGGACUUCUUCAAAUGAAGCUUCCAGAAGCUGUCAAACUUGAGCUCUGCCACUUGCUAUCCUACCUGUGUGACUGCCAGGUUCGCCACAGGGUAGAAGCUGUGAUUGCUUUCUCCGACAGCUUUGUUGGCCAGCUGCAGGAGAACCAGCGGUUUCGCUACAACCAGGUCAUGCAGGCGCUCAACAUGUCUGCUGCCCUCACUGCUCGCAAGACAAAGGAGUUCCGGUUACCGCCACAGGAGCAGAUCAAUAUGCUGCUGACCUUCAGAGAAGAUGCGCAGCAGGAGAACUCUCCGUGUCCAGUGGAAAUCCAGGAGCUUCUUCAAGACUUCCAUUACCUUCUUGAGACACACUGUGGCAUUGAUUUGGCCAGCACCUCAGAGGAUGAAGAGGAUGCAGAGAUGUCUCUAAAAGAACGAUUUCUCUGUCUUGUGGCGAGAGUCUUUGGCAGUAAUAAGUCAUCAAUGGAUAUAGACGGGUGUUCUUCACAUAGCCCCAAGUCCCUCAAAAAGAUGAUCUCUGAAACAAUGGUGCGCUGGGCUCAAGAAAUUGAGAUUGAGGACCCUGAACUAGUCAGUGCUAUCUUCUCAUUGCUGCACCGCCAGUAUCAGGGCCUCAGGGGCCUAAUGGAAGGACCCUUAUUCAAAGCUUAUACCAUCAAGCAGUCGUCACUGGAGGACACCAUGGCACUCUUGUCCUCCUUGGGCCAAAUCCGCUCCCUCCUCAGUGUUCGCAUGGGGAAAGAGGAAGAGAGGUUGAUGAUCAGACGACUAGGAGAUAUCAUGAAUAAUAAAGUUUUCUACCAACAUCCAAACCUAAUGAGGGCAUUGUCGAUGCAUGAGACUGUGAUGGAGGUGAUGGUCAAUGUUCUUGGAGAAGGGCAAAUAAAGGAGAUUACCUUUCCUAAGAUGGUUGCCAGCUGCUGUCGAUUCCUGUGCUAUUUUUGCCGUAUCAGCCGACACAAUCAGGGAGCCUUGUUUGACCACCUCAGCUACUUAUUGGAAAACAGCAGUGUCGGGCUAGCUUCACCGUCCAUGCGUGGAUCCACUCCUCUGGAUGUGGCUGCAGCUUCAGUUAUGGAUAAUAAUGAAUUGGCCUUAGCACUGAGGGAAUCAGACCUGGAGAAGGUGGUUCAGUGCCUUGCUGGCUGUGGUCUCCAGAGCUGUCCAAUGCUAGUGGCAAAAGGUUAUUGCGAUAUAGGGUGGAAUCCUGUGGAGGGCGAGCGUUAUCUGGAUUUUCUACGUUUUGCUGUCUUCUGCAAUGGUGAGAGUGUCGAGGAGAAUGCUUAUGUGGUGUUGAGGCUGUUGAUUCGUCGACCUGAGUGUUUUGGCCCUGCGCUGCGAGGUGAUGGGGGAAAUGGUCUCUUAGCAGCCAUGGAAGAAGCCAUCAAGAUCUCUGAAGACCCUUCUAUGGAUGGUCCUUGUACCAAUUAUCAUUCCAACAGAGCGCUAGAUGUUGUCCAAGACAGCGAUGAUGAUGUCAUUCACAUGGGGCACGCCAUCAUGACCUUCUACUCAGCUCUUAUUGACUUGCUCGGUCGCUGUGCUCCGGAGAUGCAUUUAAUUCAAGGAGGCAAAGGAGAGGCAAUCCGUAUCAGGGCCAUUCUGAGGUCUCUCAUCCCUAUUCAGGAUCUUCAGGGAGUCAUCAGCAUCUCCUUUCAAAUCCCUUCAGUCUCUAAAGAUGGUGCAUUGGUUGAGCCUGACCUAUCUACAGUGUUCUGCCCAGACCACAAAGCAGCCAUGGUGCUGUUCCUGGAUCGGGUUUAUGGUGUUGAGAGUCAGAGUUUACUUCUCCACCUUCUAGAAGUUGGCUUUCUGCCUGACCUUCAGGCAGCUGUCUCUCUUGACACUGCUGACCUAGGAUCCACUGAUAUGGCUCUGGCCGUCAAUAGAUACUUGUGUACUGCUGUGCUUCCCCUUCUCACCAAAUAUUCAGUUCUUUUCCAUGAUUUAGAGGACCACAUCUUGCUGGUUGAUUCUCUCAUUCAGGCAGUCUACCGCCUCUCGAGGGCUCUUAGCUUGACCAAGGCUCAGAGAGACACUACAGAAGACUGUCUGUUGGCUUUGUGCAGUAAACUCCAGCCACCUAUGAUGCAGCCUCUCCUUCGUCGGCUUGUCUUUGAUGUCCUUCAUCUGACAGACCACAGCAAAAUGCCUCUAAAGCUCUUGACCAGUCACUAUGAGCAAAGGUGGAAGUACUACUCCCAGUCUGGCAGGCAGGGUGAGCAGGGUUGUGCAUCUGAAGAAGAACUCUACCUGUCUACAAAGUUGUUCUGGGGGGUGUUCAAGGCUUUAGCCAAGAAGCCCCAGAUACUUCAGUUAUCGAGUCUGUGUGUGCAGUGCCUCUCUGCAGUGGCCAUGGCCCUGCCUCCUGAUCAUAUGGAACAAAACUGCUUGUCGCACAUUGAGAAAAUAACCUCCAUCGAUACAGACGGACACUUUGACCCCCAGCCUGUAGAUACUACCAAUGUGUCAGUGCCAGAGAGGCUGGAGUUUGUUGUGAACAAGUAUGCCGAGCAUACUCAUGAAAAGUGGUCACUGGAAAAGUUUGUCAGUGGCUGGGUUCAUGGAGAGCACCUAUGUGAGAACACCAAAGUUCACCCUCGCCUCAAGCCGUACAGGGCUCUUGCUGAAAAGGAGAAGGAGGCGUACCGCUGGGCCAUCAAAGAGACAAUAAAGACUAUGCUUGCCUUUGGCUGGAACAUAGAAAGGACCAAAGAAGGAGAUGCGUUUAGCAUGCAUCCAUGUACACGCAGGGUCUCUCAGUCUGGACAGCUGUCAUUUGAAGGCGCAUCAACCUUCAGCCCCAAACCUGUGGACAUGAGCUGCAUCACCUUAUCAUGGGACCAAUGUGCCAUGGCUGAACAGCUGGCUGAAAACUACCACAAUGCCUGUGCUAAGAUGAAGAAAUUAGAACUUGAGAGUAAAGGAGGAGGUAGCCAUUCGCUGCUUGUACCUUAUGAUACCUUGAGUGCCAAAGAGAAGGCUAAAUUCAGAGAAAGAGCUCAGGAUGUCCUCAAGUUCCUUCAGCUCAAUGGCUACACUGUGUGGAGAGAUCGGAAGUCAGUGGAAAUGGACUUUCCAGCCAUAGCCAACUGCUUUGCAUACACGCUGCUUCAGCGGCUCCUGUCUCACACUGAGGAGGCCCAAGAGAACCUUUUAAAGCUUGAGGUGAUGCAAGCCAGAGGACAGAUGUCUAAGGGAGAGAGGGCUCCACACGAGCAACCAGUCAUUUUUUUUCACAAGGUUAUCCUUCCUCUUUUGGAACAGUAUGUUAAAAGCCACCGUCUAUAUUUCCUGUCUACUUCCUCGAGUGAUAAUAGAAGCCAUGCCUCGAGAAAGGAAAAGGAGAUGAUUGCAUGCCUCUUUUGUAAGCUUGCAGCGCUUGUAAGACACAGGAUCUCAGUCUUUGGAAGAGAAGCCUCGUCAGUUGCAAGCUCCCUCCACGUUUUGGCUCAGGCUCUUGAUGCCAGGACUUUAAUGAAGUCAGCACCAGAGUCUAUUCAGACAUCUCUGCAUUCCUUUUUUAAGGCAGCGGCGUCUGAUUUAGAGAUGACUGUGGAAACUCUUUCUGAGAGCUUAGUUUCGCUGCCUCAGAGUAGGAGUCAGCUGGCAAGAGGAGUAGCCAAGGUUCUCAACUACACAACCUCCAUCCUUCUCCCUACACUCACUUCUCUCUUCCUUCAUCUUGGAAACCAGAACCAUGGAGUAGAUCUCCUGGCUGGUGGUAUACAGGUAUCCUGCUACAGGAUCUUAAACAGCCUCUACGCUCUUGGAAUCAGUAGCAGCAUCUACAUGGAGGGGCAUAGGUCAGCAGCAGGUGCUUGUCUGGCAGCCUUGACAGGAGCUUUACCCGUGUGUUUCCUGGAGCCCGAUCUAAACCAAAACAACCCUUACUCCAUCUACAAUAUGAUGACUGCUACUCAGAUAAAAGACCAGGGAUUGCCAGAUCAGGUGGAGGACAUGUGUCCCCUCCUACCUUCUCUGGGACAGGCGCUGAGGGAAGUGGAGGAGCUGGCAGGUGCUGGAGCUCACCAGGCCCACUACAUCCAUGUUGCAGAGGUUACUUUGCCCAUGCUGUGCAGUUACAUUUCCCACUGGUGGAACUUGGGUCCUGAGGGACAGCCAGAAAGGCCAGUGUGUACCUCUGUCAUUCCUAAGCAUGCUAGUGACCUACUUGGCAACAUCCUGCGUAUCAUCCACAAUCAUGUGGGUGCUAGCCAGGGUGACUGGAUGAAACAGCUGGCAGUUUUUUCUCAGCCAGUCAUAUGUAAAGUCCAUCCUGAGCUGUUAAAGAGCCACUUCCUGCCACUAAUGGAGAAACUGAGAAAGAGGACAGAAUGUGUGUUGGUAGAGGAGGAGCAGAUGAAAGCAGAAGGCGGGGAUACCUCUGAUGCGGAGUUGCAGAUACAAGAAAAGUUCGCUAUGCUGGUCCGAGACCUCUACGCCUUCUUUCCCCUCCUCAUCCCAUUUGUGGAUUCUCAUCGAGCCAGGUGGCUGAAAGACCUGAACCCUGAGGCUGAGCAGCUGUUCAGCAUGGUGGCAGAGGUCUUUAUAUUCUGGGCCAAAUCCCAUAAUUUCAAAUGGGAGGAACAGAAUUAUGUUGUUCAAAAUGAAAUCAACAACUUGUCUUUCUUGACCAAUAAUGACAAAACAUUCAAGCUUGACAAUGAGAAGAGGAAGAUGAGGAGGAAGAGGGGUUGUUAUUCCAUCAACACCUCUCUCAUUGUGGCUUUAAUGAAGAGGCUGACCCCUGUGGGACUCAGGGUUUGUUUUCCAAGCGAUCACAGUCUCAUCAUCUUGGCUAAGAAUGCCUUCUCUCAGAAGACCGCUGAGAAUGAGAUCCAAGACCAUAUUUUCAAUUGUGUUGUGCAUCUUCAGAAUCAGGGAUCAGACAGUUUAAGACAGAAGAUUCUUACAGAGCUCCCACACCAACCCGGGACCAUCAGUGGUGCAGAAAAGACUGUUGACAGGAUUAUGAAAAUAGCUCGAGUCCUUUAUUAUCUUGACCAGGUGGAACACCCACUGAGAAACAAAAAACCUGCGAGACACACAGUUUUAUCAAAACAGAGGAAACGUGCAGUGGUGGCCUGCCUGAGAAUGACUCCACUCUAUAACCUACCCAGGCAUCGAGCUGUUAACCUGUUUCUUCAAGCCUACAAUAAAUCCUGGAUAUCUGCUGAGGAGCACAGCUUUGAAGAGACACUUGUGGAGAAUUUAGCUAAGAGGGGAGUAAUGGAACUGUAUGUAGGUGGAAGAGGGGAAGAAAAGGAUGUGAAGGAAGGUGCCAAACCAAUCGAUCCUCUCCUACAACUCAUUACACUCUUCAGUCGAAGCGCCCUGACAGAAAGCAGUAAGGAUGGAAUUGACAGUCUCUAUAAGCCCUACGCUGCUAUUAUGGCCAAGAGUUGUAGCAGAGAGGGUGAAGAGAAAGAGCAGGAGGUGGAAAGCUUUGAAGAGAAGGAGAUGGAGAAACAGAAGUUGCUGUACCAGCAAGCCAGGUUACAUUGUCGUGGAGCUUCUGAGAUGGUCCUGCAAACUAUCAGCGCCAGCAAAGGUGCCAUAGGCUCCAUGAUUGCCCCUACACUGAAGUUAGGCAUUGCUAUUCUCAAUGGAGGAAAUGCCACUGUUCAGCAGAAAAUGCUGGAUUAUCUAAAAGAGAAGCGAGAUGUGGGCUUCUUUCAGAGCAUGGCUGGGCUCAUGCAGUCAUGCAGUGUUUUGGAUCUGAAUGCCUUUGAGAGGCAGAACAAAGCAGAGGGAUUAGGCAUGGCCACGGACGAGAGCUCAGGAGAAAAGGUGAUGCCUGACAAAGACCUAACCUGUGACCUGUUCCGUUUCCUUCAGCUGCUCUGUGAAGGACACAACUCAGAUUUCCAGAAUUACUUGAGAACACAAACAGGCAACAACACCACUGUCAACAUCAUUAUAUCCACUGUAGACUAUUUACUAAGGAUACAGGAGUCCAUCAGUGACUUCUACUGGUACUACUCAGGUAAGGAUGCGAUUGAUGCACAAGGUCAACACAACUUCUCCAAGGCCAUUGAAGUGGCCAAACAGGUCUUCAACACUCUCACUGAGUACAUACAGGGUCCGUGUACUGGGAACCAGCAGAGUCUAGCUCAUAGCCGUCUUUGGGACGCUGUUGUGGGAUUCCUCCAUGUCUUUGCGCACCUGCAGAUGAAGCUCUCUCAGGAUUCAAGGCAAAUAGAGCUUCUAAAGGAGCUCAUGGAUUUACAGAAAGAUAUGGUUGUGUUUUUGCUUUCCAUGUUAGAAGGUAAUGUUGUCAAUGGAACUACUGGAAAGCAAAUGGUGGAUAUGUUGGUGGAAUCGUCAGGCAAUGUGGAAAUGAUUCUCAAGUUUUUUGACAUGUUCCUCAAACUUAAAGACCUCACCUCCUCAGAAGCCUUCAGAGAACAUGAUCCUGAUCGUCAGGGAAGCAUAUCCAGGAAGGACUUCCAGAAAGCCAUGGAAAACUGCAAGCAUCUCUCGCAGGCUGAGAUCCACUUCUUGCUUUCGUGCAUGGAGACUAAUGAUGGUGAAAUUGUGAACUAUGAGGCCUUUGUGGAUCGCUUCCAUGAGCCAGCAAAAGACAUUGGCUUCAGUAUCACCGUUCUCCUCACCAACUUGUCAGAACACAUGCCCAACGAUUCAAGACUAAAGACAUUCUUGGAACUGGCAGAAAGUGUUUUGACUUACUUUCAGCCCAGUCUAGGACGCAUAGAGAUCCUCGGCAGUGGGAAGCGCUUCGAACGCGUCUACUUUGAGAUCAGCGAAUAUAGCCGUACACAGUGGGAGAAGCCACAGGUUAAAGAGUCGAAGAGGCAGUUCAUUUUUGAUGUUGUCAACGAGGGUGCAGAGAGAGAGAAAAUGGAAAUGUUUGUCAAUUUCUGUGAGGACACCAUUUUUGAGAUGCAGCUUGCAGCUCAGAUAUCUGGCUCUAACACUGGAGAAAGAAAUACUGGGAAACAAGUCGAGGAUAAACGACGCCUGGGCGAUCAGGGAAUGUUUUUCAUGAUUCAUUGGUGGCUAUUUCUCUCAACUCUACUUUCUCUGACAAACCUAAAGACACUGAUGAAGAUGACCCUGAAGGAUAUCCUCAUGUCGGCUGCUCUAUUCGUCCGAUUCAUUUGUAUGGCUCAGGUACGGUGCAUUUAUGUUUUAUUUCACAGCAUCUUAUACGUGCUGUAUAUUGCUUUUGUGAGUGGUGGGCUCAUAGAGGGAGCCAAAAGGAUUAGGAUAUCUGACUUGCUUGGCGGUAUCCUUGAACCAACUCUUGAUGAGGUCACGGAGGUGCCAAGUGGUGUGGAUCAGCCGAGGAGGUACUCUGCCAGUUUUUCGUCCCACAGAGAAUUGAGGGAGAUUGGGCAGAUGGGAGCUGUGACCUCCCCCAGAGAGGUGGAUGUACUGUCAAGCAUUUUUGGCCUCAAACUAAAGAAAGAGGAAGGUCGAUACAAACUUGUAGCACAAGACCUCACUGCCAGUCUGGAUGACCUGUUCAGCACAAGUUCCAGGACCAGUGCUUCCUCUGAUUUUGAGAAGCAUCAGAUAACGCAGCAAAUUAAGGAUCACACAACCACAGAGGAUAAAAAUGAAGACACAAAAAUGAACACAGAAGAGAAGUCUGAGAAGAAAAUUGGAAAUGAGAAAGCAAAGGAAAGGGGGAGAGCCAAGAGAUUCUCAAAUAAGUUAAAAGAACCACAGAGCCACCAAUCUGCCCUUUGGGAGACAAUUGGCACUCAUAACAAGAGCCUGCUGAACUAUUUUGCAAGGAACUUUUAUAAUCUGCGCUUGCUGGCUCUUUUUAUCACCUUUGCAAUCAAUUUCGUCCUUCUGUUCUACAAGGUAACACCGUUUCCUACCCUGAAAGGAGAGGAAGGAAUGACCACAUCUGUUUACGGUGAAGAACUGAACUCUGAUGCUGACAACAACAGCGAGGGCAGAGUGUAUUUUGUACUUGAAGAAAACAGUGGAUACAUGGAGCCCUCUCUCAAUUUUCUGGCUGUAGCACACACAAUCAUCUCCUUCUGUUGUAUUAUUGGUUAUUACUGCCUCAAGGUACCAUUAGUAAUCUUCAAACGUGAGAAGGAAGUGGCACGAAGGCUGGAGUUUGAUGGACUCUAUGUGACAAAACAGCCUCCUGAGGAAGACAUCAAAGGCCAAUGGGACCGACUGGCAAUUAACACCCCAUCAUUUCCAAGCAAUUACUGGGAUAAAUUUGUGAAGAGAAAGGUGAUGGAUAAGUACGGUGACUUUUAUGGCUGCGAGAAGAUAAGUGAACUCCUAGGUCUGGACAAGGCUGCUUUAGACCUUAAUUCUGAAACAAAAACAAAGAAGAGGCUCAAGAGAGACGCUGCCUGGAGUGCUCUAUGCAACUCCAUUGACAUGAAGUAUCAGGUCUGGAAACUAGGUGUAGUUUUCACUGACAAUUCCUUCUUGUACUUGGCAUGGUACAUGACCAUGUCAUUUCUGGGACAUUAUAACAACUUCUUCUUUGCUGCCCACCUUUUGGAUAUCGCUAUGGGUUUCAAGACACUUCGUACCAUCCUCUCCUCUGUCACACAUAAUGGCAAACAGUUGAUCCUUACCGUGGGCCUCUUGGCUGUUGUGGUGUACCUCUACACCGUUGUAGCCUUCAACUUCUUCAGAAAGUUCUACAACAAAAGUGAUGACAAGGACAUCCAAGACAUGAAGUGCAAUGACAUGCUUACUUGUUACAUGUUCCACAUGUAUGUGGGAGUGCGUGCAGGCGGUGGAAUUGGCGAUGAGAUCGAGGAUCCUGCUGGAGAUGAGUUUGAGGUGGAACGGAUUGUCUUUGAUAUUACGUUUUUCUUCUUUGUCAUUGUCAUCCUCCUGGCCAUUAUCCAGGGCUUGAUAAUUGAUGCCUUUGGAGAGCUUCGUGACCAACAGGAACAGGUGAAAGAGGAUAUGGAGACCAAAUGUUUUAUAUGUGGAAUGGGAAGUGAAUACUUUGAUACGGUUCCUCAUGGCUUUGAGACUCACACGCUUCAGGAGCACAACCUGGCCAACUAUCUAUUUUUUCUGAUGUACCUUAUUAACAAGGAUGAGACAGAACACACGGGGCAGGAAUCUUAUGUGUGGAAAAUGUACCAGGAGCGUUGCUGGGAAUUCUUUCCUGUGGGAGACUGUUUCCGUAAGCAAUAUGAGGAUCAACUGGUAUGAAAUAACCUGAGAGGUCUAAAGCCUCCCUAGUGUCACAAGACAAAAUCUGUCUCGAUUUAUGCCUUUGGAGUUGCUAAUUUGCCUUCAGUUCUCUGUGUGUUUCUAUAGUAUUAAUUUUAGAUUUUGGCAUUUUCUUUCUCUCACAAUCAAGUAUUUCAUUUAUUUUACUAAAUUAAUUGGAACCAAAAGAUUGAGAACCACUUGUUUAUGUUCUCAUACAUUAGUGUGUGAUGCAUGUAUUAGCAGUCCUGUGGGAGGAAGCUAUUCAUUUGAGUGGUUUGUUAAGACUGCAGCAGCAUCUGUAGUAAUGUGGCUUUUUCUGUUUCAUAAAUCAUUAUCUGUCACAGUCAAAGCUGGCAAUCGAAAUUCAGUUUGAGGCAUUUUUUUUCUUGCUGGAUGUGUGUCAUGUUUUCUAAAUAAAUUGAUUUGUUUUUCUAAUCAGAGGCUCCCAUUCCUUCCUCCUGUGACAUCCAUAUAAACACUCUCCCUCUGGCAUUUGCUCUUUUUACUCUCCUCUGUUUCUUGUGGCUCUCUUGUCUUGUCUGUUGUGCUCAUCUCUCCAGGAUCCUUACCCUUCGCUCUUUGCUGUUCCCCCCUCCCGCGUUCCUUCUGUUCCCCUGCAAUUCCUCGUAUCGAGCUCUUUCCCACCAUCAUUGUCAGCUGUGGUGUAGCACGCUAGCAGAUCUCUCGCCAUUCAGGUCAAAACAAUAUUUCUGAUACCCGUCUCUGAUGGCCAAAAAGUCCUGAGGGAGUUCGUGGGUAUAACUCAAUGACUAAGAGUGUGCUGAGUUUUGUUAAACUGUUAAAUCAUGCUGAGGUUAACAACAGGAUGACAGGAGUUGGAGUGCCACCUACAGAUAUUGUCCUCAUUAUGCAAAGGUCACACUGAGUCGAACAGAUGUACUGCUGCUAUGGAUUCUGGCUGUUUUUGAGUCAUGACCAUGGCACAGUAUUGUUAAAAUAUUGUGAAAAAGGUGGGAAACUUGUGCUGUUUGUG